AUACCACCAAUUGCAACAAUGUCUCUCCCUUCAACUCCCAAAGCUACCCCUCCAUUGGCUCCCGCUUCUGGGAAGCCCGAGACCCCUGGAAAAUGGAGACAUCCUCAUCUGAAGCAGGUUGUUAGACGCCAGAAUGCGGCUCUGUUCAACGAGAAGAACGUGAACAAGCUUGUCUGGAAUGUGUCAGCUUUGCUCAUGACUUGGUUCUUCGGAAGCACGUUCAAGUCAUACUCACGCCAAAUUUUCGACAGCAACCACGUUUAUUGCGAAAUUUCAUUGUUCCUCUUUCAACUUUUCUUCGUCGUCAAUAUCGGAACAGCUGUUUAUCCCCUCUUCCGUCCCAAGGACGACCUCUCUGAUAUUCCUCUCACCCCGACCCAACGUUCUCUGUUUGGCCUAGAUCCUUCGGCAACGCCACCGGCCACCCCAGGAACAACAUUUGUCACUCCGCCCAGAUACCGGCUCUCCACUUCACGUCAGGCUAGUCCAGCAAGCCGACAAGCCUCCCCUAUGUCCGCAUCUGCCAACGCCAGCUUUUCAGAGCGACGAUCUUCUAUCAGCACACCUUUUUCUCCCGUCACAAGCCCUUUGCUUUACAAGGCUGUCUCCAAUGGAAGCAAUCCAAACAGGGAAUCAUUGCAGCGUUCCAGCUUUGGAUCCGCAUCCCCUCUGACCCGUAGUAACUCAUUCGGGGAGUCUACAUUGAGCUUGGGCAGCCUUGGACCGGGCACACCUUCCCCUCUUGUGGGAAAGCGCGGAAAUCUGGGAGUUAAGAAUAAGUGGUUAUAUGAGAGAAGUCGCCGACUCUCGGCGAGUGGAGGCGCCAUGUGA